UAAAUAUGUAUGAGCUGCCUGUCAGUCUCUCCGCCGGGUUCCCUUCCACGCUCUUUCUCCCUCUCCUCCCGCCACCGGAAGUGCCCCGCCGGUCGGCGGAUCGGGAACGGCCGAGAGCAACAUGGCGGCUACGGCAGCAGCGGCGGCGGCAGGAGGAGCCGCAGCAGCCGUGUCACGGGCACCGCCCGCUCGGCGGCCCGGCUUGGGCCUGGGGCUCGGCCGCCCUCCGCGCUCGGCGACGCGCGGCCCCCGCGAGCGGCCGUCGAGCCCGUGGGAGCUGGUGAGGCCCUCGGUGACGGAGCUGUCGCGGGCCGUCAGGAGCAACAUCCUGUGCACGGUGCCCGGCUGCGGCAAAGUGCUGCCCAACCCGCCGGCGCUGAGCAUGCACCUCAGCAAGGCCCACGGCGUGCAGCAGCAGCAGCAGGAUGGAAAAAUAAAUCCUGCAAUAAGGAAAGACUUGAAAACGCCACAGAAAUACUACUGCUGUCCUAUUGAAGGUUGCCCUAGAGGGCCAGAAAGGCCUUUUUCACAAUUUUCUCUUGUAAGACAGCAUUUUAUGAAAAUGCAUGCUGAAAAGAAGCAUAAAUGUGAUAAAUGCAGCAAUUCCUAUGGCACCAUAUGGGAUCUGAAGCGACAUAGUGAGGACUGUGGCAAGUCUUUCCAGUGUACUUGUGGAUGCCCCUAUGCUAGCAGGACAGCAUUAUUGUCUCAUAUUUAUAGGACACAGCAUGAGAUCCCUGUUGAACAUAGGGAUCCACCAAGUAAGAAAAGGAAAAUUGAAGCCUCUGUAUCCAAUCAGUUGGUGAGAGAAAAAGUUAAAGGAGCUUCUGCCAGUGUCCAGACCAGAUGUACUAGCACUAAAGACUUGGAGACCUCUGAGAUGAAGCCAGCAGCUUCCUUUGAAGAUUCUAGCUGUUCCUAUACUACUAAGCAAACACAAACACAGCCAAAAAAUUCACCAAAGUUGCUUCUGCCAAAGCCAAAAGUGGCUUUGGUUAAACUCCCUGUAAUGCAGCUUACUCAACUGCCUAUCUUUGUAUCAGCACCAGACUCUUCUGUCAAACCCGUUGUAGUUGCCGUUGAUGACAAAGGCUCUGUUAUGAGUACUGUUCACUUAAUGCCUCUGCCGGUAGGAUUUAUGAUACCAGGACUGGAGGCUGAAACACUUGCAUUUAAAAGCACUUUGCCCCUUUCAAAAACCAAAAAUGCUGGCAGUGUUGAGCCAGUCAGCACAGGUAUCCAGGUCAAUUUGGGUAAAAGGGCAUCAGAUAAUACAAUCCAAGAUCUGGAAGCCAUAUGCUACAAGAACGGGAUUUGUUCAACAAAUGUGCAGACGGACUUAUCUUAUAUUUCGCAGAACUUUGUGACAUCUGCAGCCUGGACACCUGAUUCAUCGGUGUCCUCUUGUUCUCAAACAGACCUGACGUUCAGCUCUCAGGUUUUGUUGCCAAUUAAUGUGCAGACGCAGACACUGUUACCCAGUUCAAAGUUGACUUCUUCCAUAGCUGCUCAGACAGAUGCACUUGCACAGGCUUGCUUUCAGUCAUGUGGAAUUUCUCGGGAGACUCAGACCAAUAGGUUGCAGAAAGAUAUUGAUGGGAGAGUACAAAUGGACCAGGCUGUAAUGUGCAAUGACAUUUUUGACAGUGUUAGUUCAUCAUUCAGUGAUUCAACCACAGUGGGACUUCCAGGCAGCAACUUGAUGGCUGCAGGCCUGGGUCAAAGUCUGCUGCAAAGAGGAAGUUGCAAAUCUUUGAGUCCAGACACUAAGUGUGAGCCAGUUAUCAGCUUCAGUGCACAAAAUAAUAUUCUCCCACAGCAGGUUAUGACAGACAAUCAGACCCAGACAAUGGAGUUACUGAACGAUCUUGAAACUAUUUUUUCUAAUAACACAGCGAGUCAGUCAUUGGAUAACCGUAGUCUUUUGACUGACACUAGCUCGCAUGCUGGCACACCCUUGCCUUCUGGCCCUACGCAGAACACAGGAAUUGAUUUUGACAUUGAGGAUUUCUUCACAGCCUCCAAUAUCCAGACUCAAACAGAAGAGACCCAGCUUGGUAACCUGAACUCUGAGCCAGUCUUGGAGUUGCUAGAUAUUGAAACCCAGACAGAUUUAUUUUCAGAUAAUGCCACCCAGUCCUAUAGCUGCAGGGGUAAUCCCAAUUUCUUAGGUUUGGAGAUGUUUGACACACAGACCCAGACAGACUUAAAUUUCUUUUUAGACAGCCCCUAUUUGCCUUUGGGGAGCAUCUUGAAACAGUCUGCCUUCUCUAUGAGCACAGACUCAUCUGAUACAGAAACACAGACAGAAGUGCAUUUUCCUGCAAAAAAUUCCUCUAACCAAAUGGCAGAAAGCAAAGUCCAGCUGAAUAGUGCUGAAACACAGACCAUGGAUAGCUGCUUUGAAACCCUUGGCAGUUUAUUUCUUACUAGCAAUGAGACUCAGACUGCUAUGGAUGACUUUUUGUUGGCUGACUUGGCCUGGAAUACAAUGGAGUCACAGUUCAGUUCAGUCGAAACACAGACUUGUGCAGAAUUGUGUUCUCUGUUUCAGGGUCCUGGUAAAUCAAACCAUUGAGUGCUGUU